UGGCUCGCACGCAACCCCACAUAGAAAUUCUAGCUUUUGCUCCCAUGAGACUGUCUUAUCCUUGUUUAUCUGAAGCUAAUCACAAUGACCUUGCACUUGCACUCAGGAUAGCCCGGCACUCUUCCUGUACCGCCUGUGAUUCUUGUCCUGGUUUGCGACCCCCAGCAAGCGUCGAGGUGGUUCUAGAUGAUGAUAUCCACCAAAAGUCUCUACUUGGCGACCUGACACAAUACGGCUCAGACGAAGAGGAUGGCCCCGCAUACCUCGAAACAUGUAUAUGUGGCCACGAUGUAGCAGAUCACGGUAGUCAAUUAGCAGCCUUGGGACGGGAGGAAUUUUCUCGUAGAGCGCGUCUUGCAAUUCGUAUUGAUGAACUUCUUCAAGAAGCAGACAGGCAACUUGAUUUCAAUUAUACAGAUGAAGACAUCGACUCCCUCAGGCAACAAAUGAAGACGUCCAUCUCUAUGGUUAGCGUAACGUCUCCUUCCAUCCCACAAUCUUCCCCAGUUGAUCGACCAAUGUCCCCGGAUUCUUCCGUACUCAGUGACGAGCCUCCACCUUCAAAACGUAGACGACUGUCCUCCUCUUCACUCAGCGAUGAAGAUGACGAUGAUGAUGACGACGAUAAGCCUUUAGCCGCCCAAGUUGCAGAUUCAAAUGCAGCGGCCACAGGAACGACCUCUAGAAAGACUGUGACGCACAGAAGUGGGAAGAAGACCUCCAGUAUGAAGUCAAAAGCGCAGACCGCUCCCAUGGGAGACAAAAGGCCAGAGAAGAAUGGCGUUGCAAAUGGUCGCAGCUCGGAUCUUAAAGUAAAGGUCGAAGAUAAGAUGGACGAGGGUCAACUCACACGCCUUGCGACUGGAGUUACGGUAGACACGGGGCCAGCAUCAUCUGCUGUACCUACUCACAAGCCCGAAAAAGCUGCUUUCGUGGAGCUGCGCAAGGGAGUUAUUGAGAUAACUGCAGUGGAGAACGACCGACAGCCGCGCUCUACAGUGAUUCUCACUGGUCUAAAGACCUUGUUCCAAACACAGUUGCCUAUGAUGCCGCGCGAGUACAUUGCGCGUCUAGUCUAUGACCACAACUCGAAAUCACUCGCGAUCAUCAAACGUGGUUAUAAGGUCGUAGGUGGUAUUUGCUAUAGGCCUUUUCCACACCGUGGCUUUGCGGAGAUCGUCUUCUUUGCUACUGCAUCCGUGGACCAAGUGAAGGGAUACGGUGGCAUGCUCAUGGACAACUUCAAACAACACAUCAAACGUACAUACCCCGAUGUGAUGCACUUCCUCACCUACGCCGACAAUUUUGCAGUAGUAUUCUUCAAGAAGCAAGGGUUUUCGAAAGAGAUCACACUUGAUCGCUCCGUGUGGGCAGGGUACAUCAAGGACUACGAAGGCGGGACGAUCAUGCAAUGCACCAUGUUGCGCAAGGUCAACUAUCUUGAUAAAGUCAACAUCAUCUCUCAGCAACGAGAGGCAAUCCUCACCAAGAUCCGCGAGAUGUCGAAGUCGCACAUCGUAUAUCAGGGUCUUUCACAAUUCCAAGAAGGUGGUCUGGAAGGAAUCACAGUGGAUCCUAAGGAGGUUCCAGGGCUAAGAGAGAGCGGUUGGACGCCCGGCAUGGAACACAGCACGCGUUCCGGGAAAAGUGCCGAGCACACACAAAUGCAGCGGUUCCUGUCCGAUCUUAAAGCCCAUCCCCUAGCCUGGGCUUUCUUAAACCCAGUCAACGCCGAUGAGGUCCCAGAUUACUACGGUGUCAUCAAGAGACCUAUGGAUUUCAGCACGAUGGAACACAAAUUGGACACGAAUCAGUACUCCUCACUGAAAUUCUUUCUUGACGAUGUUCAACUAGUGGUCGAUAAUUGCAAGCUGUACAACCCCGAAACAUCGAUAUACCAUAGGAACGCAGUGAAGCUUGAGAAAUUCAUGAAAGAGCAAUGUCCAGAAUAUGCAAAGCGAGGGUCCUGAGGACAGUUGUCUUGUUAUACUAUCUUUAUUAAUUCGCAUCUGUAUUAUUUACUAUAAGGAU